AGACAAAACACAAACACCAAAAUCUCUGUUCUUUCUUCCUUCCUUCUUCCCCAUCUCGAAUAUUCUCUCCAUUGAUACGAAAACUUAAUCCUCCCCUCCCCUCCUCUCCUCCCCAGAAGUAGAAAAGACCAUCAUGGACACGGACACGGACAUGAUGGACAACGCACCAUCCAUCAUAUCCCCUUUGCUCCUCCGGUCCAUGGCGUCUUCAGCGUUCAUUUAUGCCGACAAAUCGUUCUUCAACUUAGCCGAAAGAUUCAAGCCUCUUGAAAUCAUACGCUACGUUCUUAUUUCGUCUUUUCUCCUCUUCCUUCGCUUACUUUCUUUUCUUUUCGUCUCCGAUUUACCCCCUAAAUCCCAACCCCAGUUUUCUACGUUUGAUCCCUUGAAAGGGAACGAUCGUUACGCGGUUGCUUCUGGAGUUGACGAUUCCGGGAUUGCUCGAGCUCUGUUGCAGGUACUGACUAUUGUUAAUGAUGUUCCCGUUAGUUCGAGGAAGUACGCGAUUGUUCGAUCUUUAGCCGAGAGACUUAUAGAAGAGAAUCGUAGGGCGGAUACCCACGGUUUGCGUGAAGUGAACCGGUCGGUUUUGUCUUCGGCUUUUUCGAGGACCCUUUGCUACCUUGAGGCUGCGAUGGUUGAAUCGGGGCAAGAUAGGGUUGGUUUUCUAGACGGCGCCGGACCUGCUCCGGUUCAGUAUUUGGUGAAGAGGGUUUUGAGGACGGUUCGAUCAGUUGGGGAUGGGGCUUGGUCCAGGGGAGGAGGGAACGGGAACGGGAACGGGAGAGAGGAUGUGAACCGGUCUGGGAAUUCGGCGGAGAAGCUGGCGGCUGAGCUUCUUUGGUUGGCGGAGAAGAUGGUUGCUUGUGGGUUUGUGGAAGAUGCUGUUGAGCGGUGGGCGUCGGCUUCAAAUCUGGCUUCGCUUUCUCUUUCGUCUGAGCCACGGGUUCAGGGUUCCCUCGUUAAGAUUUCCGCCUUCUUGUUCAAACAAGCAAGGGCAAUGGAGAUGGAUAUGGCACCGGACGGGACCGGAGAAGGCAACGAGGAUAACUGGAGGGAAACGAAGAUGAAGUUGUUAAAGUCAUGGCUGCCAUUGCUCUGCCGAGCUAGCAAUGGCAUCCAUGUGCCGGUGCUCGGCAUCGGGGAAAGAGCCGAGCUAGAGAAGGUCUUGGAAGAGACCAUAGAAAGGCUAGAACACGAGGAGCAAGAGCAGGUACUCUCCCUAUGGCUGCACCAUUUCGCUUAUUGCCCGUCAUCCGACUGGCCGAACCUCCAUGCUUCGUAUUCUCGCUGGUGUACCGAUUCUCGCAAACUCUUACCCCUCCAUUGAAGAUGUGAACCAGAAGAAUCAUCUUGUAUGAUACAAGGAUAGGACUAUUGGUCAUCAUGGUACAAUUAUUCCUUGUAAAUAUAUAUUAUUUUGAUCUUGAUUCGAAUAUUAUUAUAGUCUUAAUCAGAUUAUAAGAGGAUGGGAUGCUUGCAGUA